GCGAUCCCGUUCUUUUCUCGCGAGACCGUACAUGUUGGAAUGGCGGUCCUUCUUGAAACGACGCUCGGUGAUAUUGUGAUUGAUUUAUUCACAGAAGAAAGGCCAAAAGCUUGCCUCAACUUUCUGAAAUUAUGCAAGAUAAAAUACUACAACUACUGCCUUAUCCACAACGUACAGAGAGACUUCAUCAUCCAAACUGGGGACCCCACGGGGACGGGUCGGGGUGGAGAGUCGGUCUUCUGCAAACUGUACGGAGACCAGGCCCGUUUUUUCGAUUCCGAGAAAGCCCCACGUAUUAAACACAGAAAAAAGGGAACGGUGUCCAUGGUUAACAAUGGAAGUGACCAGCAUGGUUCACAGUUCCUUAUUACCACUGGCGAAAACCUGGAUUACCUGGAUGGGGUGCAUACUGUUUUCGGGGAAGUGUCAGAGGGAUUGGACAUUGUGGCUAAAAUCAACGAGACUUUUGUUGACACAGACUUUGUUCCAUUUCAGGACAUCAGAAUAAACCACACGGUGAUCCUCGAUGACCCUUUUGAUGACCCUCUGGAUCUCCCGGUGCCCGAUCGCUCUCCUGAGCCCACCAAAGAGCAGCUCGAUAGCGGCCGGAUUGGCGCUGACGAAACGAUCGACGAUGCCGACGGGAAAGCGGCUGAAGAAGUGGAGGAGAGACUUCAGGAGAAAGAAGCCAAAACCCGAGCCAUCCUGCUGGAGAUGGUGGGCGACCUCCCCGACGCAGACGUAAAGCCUCCCGAGGAUGUGCUCUUUGUGUGCAAGCUGAACCCAGUGACCACAGAUGAGGAUCUGGAAAUCAUCUUUUCUCGCUUUGGCCACAUUAAAAGCUGCGAAAUCAUUCGUGACUGGAAAACUGGAGAUUCCCUCUGCUACGCUUUCAUCGAAUUUGAAAAGCAAGAAGACUGUGAAAAGGCCUACUUUAAAAUGGAUAACGUGCUCAUCGACGAUCGGCGCAUUCAUGUCGAUUUCAGCCAGUCUGUGUCAAAGAUCAAAUGGAAGGGGAAAGGUGGGAAGUACACCAAAGAAGACUUCAAGGCUUAUGAGAACGACUUGGAGAAGCGCUCCAAACUGACUCUGAAAGAUCAAGCGAAGCCCAAACAAGAUUCCCGAUAUGACCUCCUGGAGGAGGCGCCGGGACAGAAAAAACAUAAAGAGAAGAGACAUCAUCAUUCGGAUGCCGAAGAAAGCAAGAAGUCCAAAAAACACAAGGACGACGAUGGCGGCCGGCGGGACAGAAAGAUGGACCGGCAGCGCUCCCGCUCCCGAGACAGGGAACGCAGGCAUGCCAAAUCCAGGGACAAAUACGUGAAAGGCGGGCGGGACAGGAGUCGGAGGAGUCGCAGUCAGUCGCCCAGGAAGUCCAAGGUCCAAGACAGAAGCAGAUACAGAUGAACUGCAUACACUUCGUAUGUCCUCAUUAUCAAACGGCAAAAACGAUUCCGCCUCUUCAUCUUAUGACAUAUUUUCUUACAUAGGGAACACGCGCGGCACGUAUUUGAAUGAAAUCCCUCGCCAUUGAAUUUCAGCGAGGUGUGCUGAGCAUUCACCUCCACUAUAUGGACAAAAGUAUUCCACUGUCUGCGAAGUGCGCUCAGUUCAGCCGUAACGGCUUUCGGGAAGGUUUUUCGACACCAUUUCGACCCCCCCCCCCACCCCCAUACCAUUCAAGGUUUUGAAAGGUCAUGUAAAACGCGUAAAAACGUGAACACACUCAUAUCCAGGUUACCAUUUUUCGAAGCAGAAUAUUUGGUCAUGAGAGCCUAUCUAGUGACCUCAUUGUGUUUGGACAGCCGGCUAACUACUUGCUCCUCGUUACAUGUGACCACCGUACCUGUCAUGUUGCACCGGCGCAUUAUUGUGAAUU